GAUGUUUUGUUUAAUGUUACAGUUGUUUAGUUCGUCCUUCGAAUGAUGAUCUGCAUUUUCGUUACAGCAGUUAGUGGGCUUUAGAAGGCCGUACAGACACUUGAAGUUUUUACUCUAUAGACAAUACGUUAAGCGGAUGAUCUUCUCUGCUUUCAAAUCCUGAAUCGUGCGAGUGCUGCAAGCGCGGUUCAGCAGAAUUUUUCUAAGGAAAGUUUACCUUGGCUUAAACGGAAAUCGAUUGUGUAUUCUGAUGGAAAUGGCGGAUAACGGUAUCAGCGAUUCUCGGGUAGUCGAAGAAACCGGCAGCCGUAUUCAGUACCGCUACACCACAAAGGACUUUAUUGGAAGGGGGGCGUUUGGAAUAGUUUACAAAGCCAAAGUCAGAAAAGCGCUCUUUCGAUUUCGCACUCCUUCCGAGCCAGAUUUUGUAGCCGUCAAAGUGAUGCAUCUCGCAAAUAAUUUUGAAAUUGCUGCCGAUCAGGAAAACUGGAAGACAGCUGUGAAAAGAUUGCGACAACUCACGGAACUGAAGCACAAACAUCUCGUUGUCUAUCACAAGGUCUCCAUCACCAACUCUUCCGGCGGAGUGACAGUGGAGCUGGCAAUGGAUUAUUAUAAAAGUGAUCUUGCUCAGGUUUUAAAGGAAGCUAAGAAAAACGCGACCGUUUUGAAUAACUGGGAGCAAGUGUUUCAAUUCGCAAGGGACAUGGGCAAGGGACUCGAAUUCCUUCAUCAAAAGGGCAUCAUUCAUGGUGAUUUGAAGCCUGAAAAUGUACUCUUAAGCAUUGGGCCAAGUGGGAGCGAGAAACUGGUGAUUGGCGAUUUAGACGAUCUUGUGCAGAUGAAAGAGAGUGCCACCUGUUCUGCAGAUAUAGCCCAGUUACGUGGCACAAUGCGCUAUAUGUCACCGGAAAUGCUGAGGAAAUUCUCCCAACAAGAAGCGGAGCGACCAGGACGAAAAACAGAUAUGUGGAGCCUGGGAUGCAUCAUUCUGGAGAUGGCCGAAAUCUAUGCACGUGUACCCAAGAAACAGCUCGUAAAGGAUGGGAAUAUCGUCGAUGCGGGAAGCGCUCUUGAAAAUUACCAGUUUGCACGCCUGAUAAUCGACGGUUACAUUCCUUCUGUGAGCGACGACAUUGAAGACGAUUUAGCGUGCAUUAUUCGACAGUGUUUGGAUACAAGGAGCGCAAACCGAUUAUCCGCCAGAGAAUUACUGCAGAAGCUACCGAAGAAAGACGUCAUAGUAUUUAUUGGGCUCAGGGAUUCUAAAGAUCUCUGCGUCAUGAUAUUCGAUCCGUUGACUAACUCUGUCAAUGUUCAAGAGGUGCGGGGCGCACCAAAAUUUGAGGGGUAUCCGUAUGGCAGGUUAGCGGUAGCAGGCAACAAAAUUGUAAUUAGGGAGCUGGUACGUCAUAAUGACAUCAAAAAGGUGAAAUUCCAUUUGUGGAAUGUCGACGAGGGAACAUGGGAUCAACACGACCCAUUUCCUUCUUUGGAUAAACGAGAAAAUGCGUACACAAUGGUGGCUGCGGUAGAGGACAAGUCUUAUUUCGUUGACGAUACCGGAAUCUUCACAGAAAUGAACAUUUCUACAGGCGAAAUUGCACCUUCAACUCAACCAAAUCAAUGCCCUGAUACGUUUGUACGAGCGGUGGCCAAAUGCCGUGAGCAGAUAUUUUAUGCUACUGAGAGCCGCCUCUUCCAGUAUGACACGGUGAUCAAGGAAUGGAAGUACUUACCAGAUCGGCUGGAAAGCCGCUUUGGUUUUGCAAUGGCCGUGGUCAGCGGACACAUAUACAUUAUGGGCGGAGAGCUUUCAGAGGACGACGCAAGGGUUGACUUUACUGCAACAGCUGACUGUAUUCGUUUGAGACUGGGUAGUACAACGUGGGAAAAGAUUGAACCACUUCAUCAGCCCAGAUGGCGGCAUACUGCUUACGUCAUCAAGGAUCGAAUAUACAUCUGCGGCGGCAUGCAGUCAAGGUACAAGAAAGACGUUACGAUAGAGGUUUACGAUACCAGAGGCGGCGCAGGAUGGUCGACUGUCAAUUUGCCGCCGAAGGAUAACGAACAGUUUGCAGCCUGGCUGGCUGGAUACAGUAAUUUGUGGUAUACACCUGCAACCACGGUUUCCGUCAGUCAGUAUAUUGACAUCUUUCCAGAUAUAACCGCUUAAACGGCGUUUAGCAUCAUGCGUCCUUGUGCAUCGACUUGCAUAAUUAAAGCUUACGAAACAAAGUACUAAUUGAUAAAAAAUUAAAUUGAUUUGAUUACUCUAGUUGGAGUACCGCAAAUUACAAAAAAGACGCAAAUUGCAACCAAUUUAACCUGAAGUAAACUUUGUCCAGCCUUUUAAUCGGUUUAAUCGCACUGCUGGUUGUUUGAUUACUGAUGCUGACCAAACGGAAACGGUAUGCAGAAGCAUGCGCUCCCUCGCUUUUGAUCGCCAGCGCCUCGUCGUUUUCGCACUGGAAGUACGUAAAAGCCCUCUACGUGCUCUUCGACUGCACGAUGCUCGCCAGGUGCCCGUCCGUUAUCAGUGCGCUCUUCCCUGUUCUAGU